CCGGUAGUUGCGUUACCUCAACUGUUUGGUUCUCGCUCGGCGGAUUGUGUGUUCCCUUGAGAAUACGAGGAAACAAUUGGUGAAUCAACGUGUACAGAUAAAAUCACAAAGUGCAUUGAAUUCAACGUGACAGUCAGUACUAGACUGUCUUUGUCUUACGUAUCGAGGUGUCCAUGAGCCUGUCUUUCUCGCACUCCUGGGCAUUGGACCAGAUACAAGAAUCGAGGGCAGCUGCGUGGGUCUGCUGUGGGAAUCUUUUGAAUUUUUGUAUAUGGGAAUUACGUGGACUCGGAAAGCAUUUCAUCCCGGAAUUUCCUGAAGAGACAAAUUUUCCAUCGACCCUGGGAGAACUGCUUUUCCUGAUAAAUCUCACAAUUUCUAUAUUUCUCUUACUUAACGUCAACGAAAAUGAGAUGAUGAAGAAUCGACGGCAAUUCAGUAGGCGUUUCAGUCUCCAGCCAUCGUCCCUUAAGGAAGGACAGGAGGAGGGUGGAAACGCGAAGAAUACUAGGUCAGAAAGAUUGUCGGAGUCGGAUGGCGCCAGGAAACAGGCGACAGAGAGUUCAGUCCGUCAUAAGAUUGUAGUAAUGGGUGCUGCCAAGGUUGGUAAAUCCGCCAUAAUCAAUCAAUUCCUCUAUGGGACCUUCUCGCCAAAAUACAAGCGGACCAUUGAGGAGAUGCAUCAUGGGGACUUCAAUGUCUCCGGCAUUCAGCUAACCCUUGAUAUCCUUGACACCUCUGGAUCAUAUGAAUUCCCGGCUAUGCGGGAUCUAUCAAUUCAAUCGGCAGACGCUUUCAUCUUGGUGUAUGACGUAAACGAUAGCAGCACCUUCCUGGAGGUUAAGACCCUAAAGGAUAAGAUUCUUGCCACAAAGGGCGUUGUACCCAUCGUCGUCGUAGGUAACAAGGUGGACCUGGUGGAGGAAUGUCAGGAGGUCGAUUCGGAGAAUACCAGGACGUUAGUGACAAAGGAUUGGGAAAAUGGAUAUGUGGAGGUCUCCGCCAAGGAAAAUCUUAACAUAGCACAAGUUUUCAAGGAGUUACUAGUCCAGGCAAAGGUAAAAUACAACCUGAGUCCAGCUCUUCGUCGCCGUAGGAAAUCCUUACCGCCACCACAGUAUAUGAGUUCGCGUAGCAGUAAUGCCCACGUACCAUCUCCGGCGCAGCUGCAGCAUCUUCAGCAGAUUCGCGAACGCUCCGAGUCCAAGCGAAAUUCCUGCAUUCUCUCGUAAAAUUCCCAAGGGUUCAAAGCGUUCCUAGGAAAUUCCAUAAUCCCGUAGCAUACGCUCCGCGCAGGUAAUACUUAGAUUCUGUCUGCGGCGUAGAAAAGUAUUUCCAUUUCAAGCAUCAGAUACGUUUAUGCGCACUCGGAUUUUUCUAUACCGAAAAUAAUCAUCGGAUGAGAAUUAGUCGAGCGAAUUAGAUCUGCGACAUUGUAUGAAUAUUUCAAUUGAAUAGUCAUAGUUAAUACGGUUCCUGAAAGUGCAUCGAAUUACACGUGUCACGUGUGAUGGAUUGAGAAAACUUUACACUUUACAUAACAAUCAGUAUGGAUACUAUGACGAUGAAGAUUCUUAAUAAUUAAAUCAAUUCUUGUCCGACCUAAUCAUAUUGAAUUAUUCAGAUUGACGAUAAACGUUCUGAGAUUUCAGAUACAUUUUUUCGAGUUGUUAUCUAUCUAUUCAUAUUCCAGGGUUAAUUCGCACUGCCCGAAAAAUCUUUCUCUCAUCUUCUCUGCCGUCCUUUUGUACGCUCCCGUUUCUCCGUGCAAUUUUACUUUUGCGAGAGGAUCUUUUUUCCUAUUGCGAAAGCGGAGUGACCAUAGGACAUUCGAACUCGUGUGUAGCCGAGGAUUAGUGAUACGUAAUAUCUAUGUAACGAUAUUUUUGUAGAAUUUAAAGUCAUUAGGCAGUUACGAAAUUUAUUUCUUCACUUUAUUUUACGUUCGUAUUUUAUUUAACAUUAUUCGAAGGUGCGCACGCGUCCGGGAGACGAUGGGCGAUCAAAAGAAAGAGAAAGAAGCACAUGCAUAAUAUUCGAAAACUCAAUACGAUGAGGGAAUACGACCAAUUCAAUAGGUAAAUCAUUAAUAAUUUAUACAUUUAAUCUAUACACGAAUAGUCCCAGGAGGGAUUUGCAUUUACCAUACGAAAUCUUUUACGCAUAGUACACGUUAGAUUUCGCAAGCCAAGAAAAAUUCCCGAAUAUUUAAAUCAAUUCCGCGCGUAUAGUCAAUUUUGCGCCUGAGCGAUAUCUAUUAUUCAUAUAUUCACUAGACGAAUACCUUGUUGAACUUAUAAUAAUAAUUUUACUUGGUUUUUGGUAUAAACUAUUAAGAAAAUGAAAGCAAUCGAGUACUGUGUGCACUCUUAUCUCAUCAUCGAUUUCGAAUGACCGAGGCGAGAUGCCCAAUAAUCCCGGAAGUGCGUGUUUAAAUAAAGAAUUUUUAAAUAAGAUAAAUGUAAAGUCGCUAUUACUUUAAGUCCGUAUUGGGCUACGUUUUACAUGGAUUGUAAUUAGGGUAAUCAGACGAUACGCGGCUGAAAUUUUACACGGCAUUCGAUUGCGCUUAUUAAUUGCGCUAAAUAAAUUGUACAAGUAAUCGGAAUGAGAGUGUAAUUAAAGUUUUUCAAAACUUUGAUCCUAUAAGUUAAGCAUUUUCAUAAAAUUUUUGUGAAUGACCGUGUAAAAAUAACACCAAAUGCUGGCAACACGUUUCUUUCUAUAUUAGAUGUAAGUAGCAUACAGAGAGUAGUGAGUCAUUGUAAAUUCUUCAAAUUUGUAUUAUCGCGUUACGAGGAAUAUAUAUAUAUAUAUAUUAUACAUACAUGUAUGUGAUAAUAAAUCUGGGUAGCAUUGUU